CUUCGAGCACGUCUACACGGACAGUGUACCACCGGGAACACUGUUGCCCACGUGUGCGGAGCUCCGACCACGUGCCUUUGUCCGGACCCAAGCGAUACCAAGGGAUCGUUCAACCGGUAAAAGGCUGAUAUCCUUUGAAGAUACUUCACGAGAAAUUUUGGACACGGGACUGGUGAUGAAUUUGAAUUUGCCGCAGAACGUGGGUCACGACAUGACAUGGUAUGUGCCAAUGGUGGAGACACUCCUGUCCUUGCUGUUGAUGCGAGGCGAACAAAGUAAGGACAAUGUUGCGCUGGAGGUGUUUUACCAUUAUCAUUGGGGUUCUGAUGUUGCUUUUCUAUGGAAAAAAGUCUGCCAGUUACUGCACAUGCACUCGGAAAGUUUUGGAGCCUUGGAUGGUGGUCGAAGAUCCGUACCGGAAGUCACGAAGCUUGUCGAGGUUCUAUCAGGGCGCGCAGUUGAAUUUCAGGGUCAAAUUCAGGAAUCACACCAACGAUUGAUUGACGAGGCCGCUUCUCAGAGCGGAAGCACAAGUAGUUUGGAGAAUCAUGGUGAAGACCAAGUUCUUGAUCCGAGCCGUGGUGUAGAUCCGUCAAAAAAGUCACCGGGUAUGCAGCAAGUACAGCAACUUCAUGAGUUCUUUGACAAAGAACUUAUUCCCCGACUGACGGCGCUUUUUCGACGUACAUACUAUCACAGCGAUGUCUUCCGCAAUUUGUUGAAGUCUGCCUCUGCUGCUGCUCCCUC